AUGGACGACGAACAUGAUCAGACACAAAGGGAGAAGGGAGAGGGCAUUCCACCCGUAGGCGACGAUGUUGUUGAUGAGAAGGCGAGGGCCAGCCUGCACUCGGAUGAGAAGCCCAGCAGGCUCGGGCGCCACUCGCUCGAUGUCGGCAGGAAACCUGACCUGCCCAGCAAAACCAAAGACGAGAGAUCACAUAGUCUACCAGCUCUCAACGACGACACCCGGCAACCCCAAUCGCCGCCCCCAACCCACGCCCCUACCAACGCCAACUCAUCACGCCAGCGGGCAGUACGGGCCAGUGCCGAAUUCGACAGGCGCUUUGAUGGACCUUACGCGAGACCUAGUAUAUCCAUCGCCCGGCGAAAGUCAUCCCAGCAGGCCCGUUUGGACGCCGAGCACGUCGUCGAAGCCGUUGAGGGCAGGGAGCCAGCUUCGGAUGCCUCGGCCACGUCGGGCCCAGCGCCGCAACUCCUCGAGCCAAGGCCACCACCACUAAACUACACCCUGCACACGCGAUAUUGGGCCAUCUUCAUUUUCUGGUUCUUCAUCAUCUUCGACUCCGUCGUCAUGCCCAUCGCUUUGUACUAUGGUCUGUGGUACGGCGUCGGACCCGGGAGCGUAGAACCAGGCAAAAAGUCGACCAUGUCCGCCAACACCGUCUACACCGUUGUCACCGCUGCCAUAGGUGGUGCCAGUAUUCUUGAGUAUUUUGUGCGGUUCUGGAGGUUGUGGAAGAAGGACAGUGUUUGCCGAGUCAUAGGAGCCCAUAGAUGGUACCUCGAUGCCUUUCACUGGAACUAUACCCUGGCCUGGCUGAUCAUCAUGGUCGAGUUGAUAGUAGGCACUGUCCAGGAUUGGCCACCAAUUCGGCUUGUCGCCAUGCCCUUGACUACCAUGCUCUACACCUUCGGCACCGAGAUGCUCAUCGUCGACAUUCUUCGGGUGUUCCGAGUCCCGGCCCCCUUUCGCCUGUCAUCCAUUCCCAAAGGCGCCCAGCUGCGACCGUGUGUAUACACCCUGAUCGAGGAUAUCUGUGCUGUGGAUGGGUCCGGGGGAACAGACUUUCGGGAGGCUCUCAACAGGAGAUACGAGGCCAGCCACAUCUUCCGCACCAUGCUGCGGCGGCUGGGAGUAUUCUGGGCCGUUGGAGCUCAAGCAAUGGCAGUUGUCUGCACUAUCCUCAUCUUUACGGUCAGCGAGGAUGCAGCCUACGCCAUCGGCUGGUCAGUACCCUUCGGAUGGGCCGGGGUCUGGGCGGUGGCUACCAUCUGGUAUGUGAAAAAGGAGUUGAAGAGGGAGAAGGCUCAUUGGAUUGCGGAAGCAUCGAAGAGCACGGCCUAA